UGUCGGAAAAGGAAGAGAUCAGAUGAUGGAGAAGAAGAAGAAGAAGAGGUUGUGGAGGAAGAUAAUGACGGAUUCAAAACACCGACUCGUCCAGAGAAUAGAAUCCCUAAGAUCAGAGAAUGUCCACCGGCGCCGAGGAAACGUGAGUAUUCGUCGGAGAUGCUUAGAGCUAAAACGAUGUAUUGCCGGAGACGGUUGAGUUUCGCGCCAGAAGAUGACGUAACCUCGUUUAUAACGGAUUUGCAGUGGAGGACGACGACAAUGACGAUCAAGAAAUAAUUAAGAUUAAGGAGAGAGAGAGAGAGCUAUUAGUUUUUUAUGAUUUUAUUUUUUAUGAACCGUAUUUUAAGGUCACGUUUGGAAGAUAUCUGAACGUUUUUUUUCUCCCGCAAUUAGACAAAGGAAAAAUACUUGAUUAGAUUGAUAUUUUGUUUUUAAGAGUUCCAGAUCAUAUAGGAUUUUCGUUGAUGAUUA